AUGUCUAGUUCCUCUAAAAUUGGCGAUUUGACCCAGAUUGUGGGACCAAUAACGGAGGAUAAUAUCAUCAGGUACCUUAAUUCAAGAUUCCAAAAAGAAAAAUUCGAGACAAAACUUGGCACCAACAUCAUCAGCAUCAACCCUUUUACUCUGGACACAGCAGAAGGUAGUCUACCCGGUAAAGCUAUAACAACCAUAGUGCAACAUGUUCUAUCACAGCAUCAUGAUACUGGACAUUCACAAGUCUUUGUCCUCAGUGGUGAAACUGGUAGUGGGAAAACAUUUCAAUGUGACCAAAUAUUAGAAUGCAUCAGAAAUGAAAACUGCAAUAAAGAAAGAGACGACCAACUCACAGCUGCUAUGACAGUUAUGAGAGCUUUUGGUUCUGCGUCGACACUGUACAAUCCUCAUAGUUCUAGAAUGGGUGUUUAUGUAGAACUGAUGACUUCAGAUUGUAAAAUUUACCGAAAUAAGAUACAUUGUCUGUUUUUAGAUCAGAGAAGAAUAAAUACAGUUCCAAUAGGAGAACAGAACUUUCAUAUCUUUUACCAAUUAUUAUCUGGUCUUACACAAGAAGAGAGGGUAAAACUUCAUCUUGAAGAUUACGAUUUUAAUGAUUUGAACUAUUUAUCUACUGGCAACGAUAUUGAACAUGAUAAGAAAUAUUAUCACGACAGAUUUCUAGAAUGGAAGAAAAGUUUAUCAUCAUUAGAUAUACCAGUAAUGGAUGUAUUAAGAAUUUUAUCUACUGUGUUACUAUUAGGAAACAUCAAGUUUCAAGAUGGUGGAAACACAGAUUUAGAAAUUAGUGGACAAAGCGAAAUGAAGUCGGCCUCUGCUCUAUUGGGUAUAUCCAGUGUAGCAAUGUAUAGAGGUUUAACGUCCAGAUCACAUACUGCUGAUGGCCAAAUGUGUCAUACAUCAGUUGAAUCGCAACAGGCUAACCAUAAUUGUGCGACGCUUGCCAGAGCCUUGUAUUUUAGAACUGUAUCAGCUAUAUUAAAAAGAGUCAAUAGUCUAAAGAAAGCCAAUUUGCAGGGUUCUCAUUCCAGCUUUGAAAGUCUUCAAUCACAGAACAGCAGUUCCUACAAUUUACGACCAGAUAUUUUAUCAUUAAGCCAGGGAUCACAUGGGCAUGGUAGAAAAUUCACUGAUGGUUUUAUAGGAAUAUUAGAUUUACCUGGUUUUGAAAAUUAUGAGGUGAACAAUCUAGAGAAGCUGUGUAGAAAUCUAUGUGCUGAGAAAGUUCACCACCAUUUUAUAAAACAUACCUUUAUUACACCAGAAGAAAUAUUACGAGAUGAAUGUGUUUCACCUGAUAUAGAUAUUAGAUACACUAAUAAUAGUCAGGUUAUAGAUUUACUGUAUUCACAGCCGAAUGGAAUAAUGCCGUUAUUAAGCAGAAGAAACAGUACAUCACAAAUAAAGAAAGAACACAGAACGAAUAACUACUUCUUCGAACCUCUUCCAAAAUCCGACUCAACAUUUGGGGUUCGACAUUUUGGUGGCAGAGCAAAUUAUAAUGCUGAAGAUUUUGGUGAGACCAACCAAGACCAGUUAUCUGAUGAUGUUAUAGCCAUGUUUUCAAAGAGAUCUUGUAAUUUCGGUUUUGCUUCUCAUCUUUUCUCCUCAGAACUGAAGCAAAUUUCAAGUAAGAGUAAAGGUAUCACGGGUAGCAAAUACAGAACAAUGCCUUCCUGUCAUCAAGAUGAAAUAAGUGAGAUGGAUAAUAAAGGAAUAUUAAGCUAUGAUUUUCCGUUAAGAAUGGAUGCUAUAUUAAAAUCUACAAGUCAUGCUAAACCGCAUUAUAUCCACUGUUUGAAGAGUAAUGACAGCUUUAAGGAAAAUGUAUUUGAUUGUGAAACGAUACUAAGACAGAUACAUUCUAUACAAUUACAGGAAACUGUCCAGCUCAUGGUAGAAGGUUUACCAUACAGAAUGAAAUACAGAAUAUUUAACCAAAGAUAUAAGUUAUUUAUGUUGUAUCGUCUUUCUCAUAAACCAGAUUCUCUUCCUGAUGAAACCAAGGAAAUAUUGGAAUGUUUCUUAAGGAGAAUGGAUAAAAGUAAUCAACCAUAUACCACAACUCAAUGGAUUUAUGGAAGAAAACAUAUCUUCUACAGUGAAAGUAGUAGACAAUGCUUUGAUAGAAUGAAACUGGAUAUGACAUCUAAAGCUGCUACGGUUAUCCAGUCAUAUUGGAGAGGAUAUUGGGCCAGAAGAUCAUGGUCGAUGAGAAAGAAGAGUAAAGGUUAUUUAAAUAGGAGAAGGGGAUCAUCCAAGAAGCGUUAUUCAGGAAUCAAAGAACAACCUCCACCAGCAGCAGUCCAAGCAUUUGAAGAGGAUGAAAUACCAAUCUAUGAGAACCACCCUAUAGCUGAGACUGGUAACCCACUGUCAGAUUAUGUAAACAAAUUGAUUGCUACAUUACCGAGUAACCCACCUCCACUACCAAAAUUAAGGUCUUAUACCAUUCAUAAUAAUAGAAAGUGCCCUUUUCCACAGAGACGGAGGUUCAAUGAGAAAUUUAAAGUGGCUAACUAUGAAGGUUUAGUGUUUGAUAAAGGUCAAGAUGUAACAGUAACAGGAAUAUCUUCUAAACCCAAAUUCUUAAUAGUGCAAUAUUGUAACAAAGAAUAUCAUAUACCCUAUCAUUUACUGACUAUUAAUAUACCAGAUCUAAUGGUAUCCCCGGUUUUAUAGGUUGGAAAUUACAACAUUACAGCAUUCGGUCGUUGUUAUUUGUGGAGAUUUUGAGAAAUCGGCGAUUGUGGACGAUUUUGCACACAACAAUCAACAUAAUUUUCGAGCCAAGACACUAGAAUGAGGUGAAAAACAGAAAAGUUGGGCUGAAAAAACCAAGCAUUAUCACAAAAAAUUGUUAUUAUUUAUUCAUGUAAAAUUAUAUUAAAGACUGGUUAAUGGG